AUGGUUGGAUUAUCUGAUCAAUUUGAAGAAACAAGGGAUUAUCUUCUUGCAGAAAAUGAAGACAAUUGGUGUGUACUCACUGGGAUGGCAGGGGUUGGAAAGACAACUCUUGCUAAGAAAGUAUUUGAUGAUCCGUUGAUUCAUAGGCAUUUCGAGGUUCGAGCAUGGGUCAGAGUGGGCAGAAAAUGGGAAUCCAAUGAAAUGUUACGAUGCAUUCUAGCUCAGGUGGAUCCCAACACUCAUCACCAAAUGCUUAUCCAUGGAGAGGAUAAUGACGAUGAGACAUUGUUUGGACGCUUGGAAGAGAGAUUGAAGGAUAAGAAAUGUCUCAUUGUGUUGGAUGAUGUAUGGGACACACGAGUGAGGGAUAACUUGCCACUAAAGAAUGUCCGAAUCUUACUUACAAGCAGGCUAACAAAUAAAAAGUCUUCAAUUCUAAAGUUACGCUUGUUGGAUGAAGAAGAAAGUAAGAAAUUACCGGUGAGAAGGUGUUCGGUGAAGAGGAUUUCCCUCCUCCCCUUAAGAAAUGGGGAGAGAAGAUUGCCAAAAAUGUGA